ACCAACAUGUCCGAUGAAAGCAUCUACUUCUACAACCCAUCCCUCGCCGCCUCCAUCCUCUUCACAAUCCUCUACUUCCUCCCCUUCCUCUACCACCUGUACAUGACUGUCCUCGCCCCCCGAGCCGGCAAAUACAACCGAGCGGGCUACUUCAUACCCAUCCUCAUCGGCGCUCUCCUCGAAGUAGUCGGAUACGCAACCCGGUCCGCCAGCGUGCAGCAGCCGUCAGACGUCUCUCUGUACGCGGUAUCCGCGACAUUAAUCGUGAUCGCGCCGGUCUUCGUCUGUGCCAGCCUGUACGUCCUCACCCGAAGACUCAUCCAGAGUGGCUCCUCGGGCGAAAAAGCCCAGUCCAUUCUGUGCGGCUGCGUGCGCGUCGCCUGGCUUCCUUGGAUUCUCAUCACGUUGGACAUCAUCAGUUGUUUGACGCAGGGGUCGGGGAGUGGAAUCGCGUCCGCCGGGGACUGGGAGGGCGAUGAGAAAGAUACGGGCGUGGGAGUGUUGAUUGGCGGGCUGGUGUUGCAGCUUGUUACCUUCACGGGGUUCUUGGUGAUCGUGGUGUCGUUUCAUGUGGCGACGAAAAUGCAAGGGAGGGAGGUUGACCGAGGAGUAAAGAAGAUUCUGGUGGGGAUCUAUAUUGCAGGGUUUUCCAUCAUGGUGCGGUCCAUCUAUCGGGUUAUUGAGUUCGCAAUGGGUAUUGAUGCCUAUGCGUUCAAUCAUGAAUGGCCGUUGUAUGUGCUCGAGGCUGUGCCGAUGCUGAUUGCGAUCAGUGUCUUGGGAUGGUAUCAUCCGGCUCGGUGGCUGCAGGCGAAUGCGAGAGAUGACGUGGAGACAGAAAGAAGGGAGAGGAGGUGA